AUGAACGUGCAGGAGCUGCAGACGCUCAAGACGCUGCAGCUCAAUGUCGCCGUCGUCGUGCUGGCCAACGACGGCUACCUGUCGAUCCGCCUGAGCCACGAGAACUUCUUCGGCCGCGUCAUCGGCGCCGACCGCGCCUCCGGCGUGGAUUGCCCCGACUACGUGGCACUGGCCCGCGCCUACGGCCUGCCGGCGGUGGACAUCGCCACGCCGGAGGCACUCGCCGAGCUGCCCGCGCUGCUGCAGGCCAGCGGCCCGGUGCUGGUGCAGAUCCAUGUCGACCCGGCCCAGGGCUUCAGCCCGAAGCUCAAAUCGCGCGUGGACGAGCAGGGCCGCUUCCUGACGCCCGAACUCGACGACAUGCACCCCUUCCUGCCUGCCGAUGAACUCCAGGCGGUGCGCGACAGCGCCCGCCGCCUGCCUGCCGGCUGA